UCGCCAAGUCAGUUUAUGUUGUCCACACGGGGCUUUUAUUUUGAAAAUCAUCUCUCGGUUUGGAAAUCUCCUGUGAAGUUUUCCGACUUCAUUUCAUUCUGCGUGUUUUACUGUAAUUGUUUUAAAAACACUGGGAACACAUUAUAAAUAUGUAGUAGGUAUGACCGAAAGCAGACCCACAAAGAGAAAAGACUUCUGUACGGUUAAACGAGAUCAGCUCGAUAGUUUUAGUUUCACGUUUUCGCUCCAGCAGUGAUGUGGACGGAGCUGAAUUGAUCUCCAGACAUCAUAACGUGUCUGUGUACUGUACCAUUUUUGAUAUCUUCUCUCGAAAUCAAUCAACUUCCAGUGCUAAGAUCAUGGAUGUGGAAGUGGUGAGUUUCCGUUUGCCUGGACAUGGAGACACCACCCUAAAUAACAUGAAUUCCCUGCGGUCGCAGCAGCACUUCUGUGAUGUCACCAUUAUGGCGGGGGGCAGACGCAUGUUUAGGGGUCACAAGGUUGUGUUGGCGGCUUGCUCUGCAUUUCUCAGGGACCAGUUUCUCCUGAACCCCUCUUCAGAGCUACAGCAGGUUUCAAUGUUGCACAGCUCAACAGUGGUAUUUGAACUCCUCCAGUCCUGUUAUACAGGGAUACUGCAGUUCAGCGCCAAAGAGAUUGUGAACUACUUGACUGCUGCCAGCUACCUGCAGAUGGAGCAUGUGGUGGAGAAAUGCAGAGGAGCACUGAGCCAGUACAUGCAGCCCCGGAGUCGCAGUCCCAUUACUGUGAAGUCAGAAGACCCUCAGUCUAUGCCGGUGAUUGUCAGUGGAAGUUCCCAUUCAUUGGGGUCUAUUUCAUCACCUUCUGAUACUGCUUCACUGCAUCCUCACAGUUCAGGAAAGGAGCUCCAGGGUUGCGAUGCUGAACUUUCCAACAUCCAUCACAAAGAUGACAGUGAUUUGGUCUUACAUCAUGUUAGAGAAUCAAAUGCAUCUGGCCACUUAGAGGGAGACGAUCUGCAGGACAGCGACAUCUUUCAGGUGCACAUCGACGAUGAUCAUCAAGACCCAGAAAAGAUUACUGGUGGUGAGGAGGAAGACAGACAUGCAGUUGUUGUGUUAGACGACCACUGUCAGCUAGACAUGGGGGUAGAGGAUUCCAUCAUGGAAGGGCGAGCUAAAGGUGGUGGCUUCCGCGGUGCAGGUCGUAUAUGGAGACGGAGGCACGGAGAGCACAGGGGAGGCAGAGGAAGAGGCUUCAAACACAGGAAGCGAUACACAUUAAAGGACCGCAAGCUCUUGGGUAACUAUCAGGAGGCUUGGCGCUUUCCAACCCCGGAUGAGAUCAUGGGUAGCUUCGGGGCUGACUUUGGGGCUGAUUACUUGUCCAAUCAGCAUCUCGCAGAUGGCUCUGUCCGCGUUGAGUACAGAGCUGGAGAAGAACAAGGAGGAGAGAUUGGCCCUGAUGGAGGUCCAGCACACUUUGGUGUGGAAGCUUCUGCUGGGGCUGAGGGAAUGGGAGUAGGAGCACCUUCGAAUCAACGUGGAGCUGCUGACGAGUCGGUGGCAGUGGUGGGAUCCACGUCCUGCGUAACAGGACCAGUAGUGUGUGAGCAGUGUGGACUAGCAUUUUCCACAACGCAGGACUUAGCGAUGCAUUCCCUGUCGACGCAUAGGCUGUACGUGUGUCCAUGCUGCGGGAAGCACUUCAGCCACUCCAGUAACCUCAACCGCCACAUGAUUGUCCACCGCGGGGUGUCCAAACUUCACUCCUGCCCCCUGUGCCACAAGACCUUCACUCAGAAGUCAACACUGUGCGACCACAUGAACCUGCACAGCGGGGAGCGCCCACACGUUUGUGCAUACUGCCAUGUCAGCUUUGCCCACAAGCCUGCUCUGCGGCGCCACCUGAAGGAGCAGCACGGAAGGACCACUGCCCAAAACUACCUGGAGAUGCAGCGAAACAAUGAGAGUGGAGCUGGGGGAGGAGUUUAGAUCGUCAGAGUGGGUUGUUACAAUAAAAUCUGAAUUUACCUUUAUUUACCUUCUCAAUACACAUGUGUAGGCUUAAGGCCAGUUUAAACUUCUGUGUCGAGUUUAUGUGGGACGUCUGGCAUAACUUUUGCACAGUCGUGUACCUUAACACAGACCCUGGCACACACCUCCCAAAAAAUGUAACUACGUGUCGUCACAAAGCAGAGUACAAUAUUUGUGAUUGGCCAACUUGGUAGAGGGUAGGGCCUAGGGAGCGGAGCAAAGCUGAUAGCGGAGGUUGUUGAACAAGUCUUAACUAUGUGUUCACACCGAAAGCGGUGAAAGUGUCAAAGGCGCCGGAAGUCAUAAGUUUUUAAUGGAAGCCAGCGGCAAGGUGCAUCUUCGCCGGUGUGGGCAUCAAGGAAAGUUGAAAUGAAGUCAGCUUUAUGGUAAUGAGCUAUGAUACGGUUUGGCGGCAAGCAAAUGGAAUGUAGAAGCCCACCACUUCAGAGGAUUCCAGGGAACACAGUCCUGGUUCCAAUCACAGUUGUUUCCAAGGGUUUGAUUAUUGUGGUUGCCUAUUUUCCAAUUAUUUACUAUGUUUUUUGAUUAGUACUGGAGAGUUGAUGUGCAUCAUUGAUGUUUUUUUUUUUUAAAAAGGAAUCUCACUAACUAUAAUGACAGUACAAGACAGUAUUGCUGCUUCAGAAUAUUUCAGACAUAUGGACACAUAUUGGAUAAGUGGAGCAAAGCCACACCACACACAACAACUUGAUCUUCCAUAGUUAAAUAAAUUUGAUAAAAAUUGUGCAACAUUUGUACGCUAGAAAGCAUGUUUUAUGUGGAAAUGUAAGUAAUUUGCCGCAACAGCCCCUUUAAAUGAGCUCAAUGUAGCAAAUUUUGAUGCUCUCGCCGACAGAACUUUAAAGGCAGACCACAUUGUUGUCAGGGCGGCAAGAGUGAACUUUGACUCUUUCGCUGCCUUAGGUGUGAACGCACAGUUAGUCUCACAGAUGGAAACUUUUUUGUGUAUAUUUUGUGAUUAAAGUUGUAGAAGUUUCA